AUGGAAGUAGGAGCAGAGCCAGUAUUAGCACAAGUAUCAGAAAUACUAUACAGAACAGGAACAGGAGGAAGCUGCCAGCUUGUAAAAGUAACCAUAGAGUCAACAGGAAGAAACUUAACAAGAAUCAUAGAAGGACCAGUACAAAUGGGAGAUCGUGUUUAUUUGCUAGAGGCAGAAAGAGAUCUUAAGAUGAGCAGACGCUAA